CAGCGUUUCUUGUAAUACCUAUGUAAUUAUUAUGAAAAUCUACAAACGUAAACAGACAAAAAUUAUUUUAUAAUUGUAUAAAUUCGCUUCAUACUAUGAAAGUAAAAUACUCACAUAAAUAUAAAAAACAACGCACAAUGUUAUGACUUCCCGGUGCUAUUCGCUAUACAUUUAGGUGUGUGAACGUAAACCAUAAAUUAAACAGUGACCGAGCGAGUUUGUUGACUGGACGUUAUUGUUAUUGCUGCAUGUAAUAUAAAAGCAUAUGCGCGGUGAGCUCAUAGUCUCACAGCGGCUCGGGAGGAAGCGCGGCUAUCUGGUGACGCGACUUCAGUGGCGAGCACAGUUCAGAAGCUUAUCGUUUCGGAAGCGGCUAACGCUUUACGACCGCAGCGCCGGCCGGUCGUUCAGUGGUCCCAAUUUUACGAGUUCUCUGCGUGCCGUUGAACCGAUCGAUCUGGAAUCAUGAAGCUAUUACUGACUUAUUUGUGUUUCGUUUUCCUAUUUAUUCGAAUUCACGCUCUGAGUGCAGAAAAUCUAUAUGUAUUGACUGUGGCGACCGAAGACAGCCAUGGCCUUCAGCGCUACGAGAGAUCAGCCAAAGUGUACGGCAUUUCCUACGAGGUGUUGGGAAUGGGCGAGGAGUGGAAGGGAGGCAACAUGGCCUACCCCGGAGGGGGGCACAAGGUCAACCUGCUCAAGAAGAAGGUGGACGAGCUGAUGCAGGGGGAAAACAAAGACAUGGUGGUCAUGUUCACUGACAGCUACGACGUGAUAUUCCUGGGCGGCGCGGAGCAGAUCGUGCGCAAGUUCGAGGCGUCCGGGCGGCGCGUGCUGUUCUCCGCCGAGCCCUUCUGCUGGCCCGAGCCCGCGCUCGCCAAGACCUACCCCGACACCACGGUGCCCAACCCCUACCUCAAUUCGGGCGGGUUCAUCGGUUACCUCGAGGAUGUGUGGAAGCUGCUGCAGGCGAGGAGCAUUGCUGACGCGGAGGACGACCAGCUGUACUACACCAAGCUGUACCUGGACGAGGAGCUGCGCGGAGCCCUCGACAUCGGCCUCGACCACACCUGCCAGAUCUUCCAGAAUCUUAAUGGGGCGCUUUCGGACGUGAAGCUGCACACGAACACGACAGCGGGCGAGGACGCGUACCUGGAGAACGAGUCGACGGGCGCGCGGCCGCUGGUGCUGCACGGCAACGGGCCCGCCAAGCUGGCGCUGGGCCGGCUCGCCAACUACCUGGCGCGCGCGCGCGAGCCCGCCCGCUGCGUGCUGUGCGACGAGCGGCGCCGCGCGCUGCCCGCCGGCGACCGCCUGCCGCGCGUCAUGCUGGCCGUCUUCGUCGAGCAGCCCACGCCCUUCCUCGAGGAGUUCCUGCAGUCGCUGCUCGACUAUGACUAUCCGAAGAAAAAGUUGGAGCUGGUGUUGCGCAACAACGUGGAGUACCACGAGGAGCAGGUGCAGGCGUGGUUCGAGCAGCACGCGGCGCAGUACGCGGCCGCCAAGCGCGUGCGACCCGACGACCUCAUGUCCGAGGCGGACGCGCGCCGGCUUGCGCUGGAGCGUUGCGCGAACAGCCUGUGCGACUACCUCCUCACGGUGGACAGCGUGGCCCGGCUGACCCCCGGCGCGCUGCGGCGGCUGCUGGCGAGCGGGUUCGACGCGCUGGCCCCGCUGCUGGCGCGCCCCGACCAGCCCUGGACCAACUUCUGGGGCGCGCUCUCCGCGGACGGGUACUACGCCCGCGCGCCCGACUACAUGGACAUCGUCAACGGGGAGCUGCGUGGUAUCUGGAACGUGCCGUUCAUCACGAACUGCUACCUGCUGAACAUGGAGCUGUUCCGCAAGCCGGCCUACAAGGGCGUCACCUACAGCAAGGAGGGAGUCGACGCAGACAUGGCCUUCUGCGAGAGCCUCAGGAAUCUUGGCAUAAUGAUGCACGUGAGCAACGAGGAGGACAUGGGGUACCUGGUGGACCCCGAGUCGUUCGACCCGAAGCGGACACACCCCGACGUGUACCAGCUGCUGCACAACCGCCGCGACUGGGAGCGCCGCUACAUCAGCCCCGACUACUGGCGCAACUUCGACGACGGCAAGCAGCACAGCAUGCCGUGCCCCGACGUGUACUGGUUCCCGCUGGUGACGGAGCGCUUCUGCGCGGAGUGGAUCGACAUCAUGGAGGCGUACGGCAAGUGGAGCGACGGAUCUAACAAGGACUCUCGUCUGGAGGGCGGGUACGAAGCCGUGCCCACGCGGGACAUCCACAUGAAGCAGGUGGGGCUGGACGCGCACUGGCUGCACAUUCUGCGCCGCUACGUGCGCCCGCUGCAGGAGAUGGUCUUCCUCGGCUACUUCCACGACCCGCCGGUGUCGCUGAUGAACUUCGUGGUGCGCUACCGGCCGGACGAGCAGCCCUCGCUGCGGCCGCACCACGACUCCUCCACCUACACCAUCAACCUGGCGCUCAACACGCCGCAGGUGGACUACACGGGCGGCGGGUGCCGGUUCCUGCGCUACAACUGCUCGGUGGUGGACACGCGCCGCGGCUGGCUGCUCAUGCACCCGGGCCGCCUCACGCACUACCACGAGGGGCUGCCCGUGCUCUCGGGCACGCGCUACAUCAUGAUCAGCUUUGUGGACCCGUAGGCGCACCGCACCAACACACACACGCGCACACACACAAACCGACAGAUGAUGUCUUCACACACACGCAUUAACACGAGUGCGCACACGAGAUGGUUAUAUACGCUCUUCACUCGCGCACGCAAAUGAGUGCGCACACUAUAUGGUUAUACAGGCAUGCACACAAAUAUAAUGGACAUAUUAUACAUUCGACGCACACACACAACAACUUAAAAAAUUGACAAAGCACAAUAUUACAAUAAAAGCGAUAAGAGAAUAUACACACUUGCACACAGAUGAUGUAAUUACACCAGGCACCCAUUCACACACAGACGUUGAUACAAAGCACACGUUACAUUAAGAGAAGCUCAUAGAAGCGUUUUAGCAGGUUGAUCCUUGUAAAUGACCUUCUUAAUGAUGCCUCUAAUACACUUUACACAUUACUAUUCAAAUUUUCAAUAUAACCAUUGAGCAAUAAUUCCUUUAGCACACAGUUCCAAAUAAAAUGACCAUACUCAGUACAUGACACUAUCCGUGUAGCGAAACAUUGUUAAUGUUUUCAAGUAGAUAAUAGUAGAAUUUAAAUGUAACAUAUCUUAUGACUUAGUUAUUAGAAUUAUUAAUAAAAAUAUAUUUACACUGUAAGAGAACAAUGCAAUUUUAGCAUUUUUUUUUUUUGUUUUUAUGACGUACAUGCAGUAUGUAUAGUUUUUAUUUUUGUCUAGAUUUAAGAUUAAUAUUUGCGAAUAGAAUAACUAUCGCUUGUGAGCUUGCAAUUUCCUAUUAGUUUUAUGCAGAGAUAUUAUAUAAAACGAGACGAAAUUAUGGUGAUCUAUUAUUUAGACAUUAUUGGUAUUGUUUAACCUUAUAUUAUUUUAUUGUUAACGCUUCGUAUUCCAGUGCAUUUAUUAUAAUAAAGAUUUCAUCGGACGCUGCGUAUUAAAUGUAUGUUUGCCAAAGAUCCUUGUAAUGGUUGAUUAUUGAUUAAUAAAUAAAGUUUACAAGCAUA